GUGAGGUGGAGACAGGGUAGGUUGGGACACAAGGUCCGAUUAACCGUGUGUCCCAGCUCAGUGCCCUGACUGAGCCCCGAUCCUCAUCUCCCCUGGAAGUGGGGCUCAGCACAGACAAGCAACCAACUGCUGGGCUGUAGGCGCCCCCGUGUUGGAACCUGAAUUGAAGAUUAUCUCCUAAGCAGAUACCCUCUUCCAAACUGAGGAUGUAGGGCUUGGAAACCAGAAAAUGCCAGGUCUGAGGGAGAGGAAAGAACAAGUCCAGCAAUACACAGAGCUCUGUGUAUUCAGAGGGAAGUUGGCACGGUUGUGUUCGGGCAGAGGAACUCCGAGUGGUACAAAGGAGACGUGCCCAGAGUGGAGAAAUCAUGCUAAUUGUCUGCACCAGAGCUGGAGAACGCCACCCAAAAUGAAGAGAGAAAGGGGAGCCCUGUCCAGAGCCUCCAGGGCCCUGCGCCUCGCUCCUUUUGUCUACCUUCUUCUGAUCCAGACAGACCCCCUGGAGGGGGUGAACAUUACCAGCCCCGUGCGCCUCAUCCAUGGCACCGUGGGGAAGUCGGCUCUGCUUUCUGUGCAGUACAGCAGUACCAGCAGCGACAAGCCUGUAGUGAAGUGGCAGCUGAAGCGUGACAAGCCAGUGACCGUGGUGCAGUCCAUUGGCACGGAGAUCAUCGGUACCCUGCGGCCUGACUAUCGAGACCGUAUUCGGCUCUUUGAAAAUGGCUCCCUGCUUCUCAGCGACCUGCAGCUGGCCGAUGAAGGCACCUAUGAGGUCGAGAUCUCCAUCACUGAUGACACCUUCACUGGAGAGAAGACCAUCAACCUUACUGUAGAUGUGCCUAUUUCAAGGCCGCAGGUGUUGGUGGCUUCGACCACUGUGCUGGAGCUCAGUGAGGCCUUCACCUUGAACUGCUCACACGAGAAUGGCACCAAGCCCAGCUACACCUGGCUGAAGGACGGCAAGCCCCUCCUCAAUGACUCGAGAAUGCUCCUGUCCCCUGACCAAAAGGUGCUCACCAUCACGCGCGUGCUCAUGGAGGACGACGAUCUGUACAGCUGCGUGGUGGAGAAUCCCAUCAGCCAGGGCCGCAGCCUGCCCAUCAAGAUCACCGUAUACAGAAGAAGCUCCCUUUACAUCAUCUUGUCUACUGGAGGCAUCUUCCUCCUUGUGACCUUGGUGACAGUCUGUGCCUGCUGGAAACCCUCCAAAAGGAAACAGAAGAAGCUAGAGAAGCAAAACUCCCUGGAAUACAUGGAUCAGAAUGAUGACCGCCUGAAACCAGAAGCAGACACCCUCCCUCGAAGUGGUGAGCAGGAACGGAAGAACCCCAUGGCACUCUAUAUCCUGAAGGACAAGGACUCCCCGGAGCCCGAGGAGAACCCGGCCCCGGAGCCUCGAAGUGCGACAGAGCCCGGCCCGCCCGGCUACUCCGUGUCUCCCGCCGUGCCCGGCCGCUCGCCGGGGCUGCCCAUCCGCUCAGCCCGCCGCUACCCACGCUCGCCAGCGCGCUCCCCCGCCACCGGCCGGACGCACACGUCGCCCCCUAGGGCCCCGAGCUCGCCCGGCCGCUCGCGCAGCGCCUCGCGCACACUGCGGACUGCGGGCGUGCACAUAAUCCGGGAGCAAGAUGAGGCCGGCCCGGUGGAGAUCAGCGCCUGAGCCUCCUGGGGACCCCCUGCGAGGCGCCUGCGGUCUGCGGCCGGCGGCCUUGGGGAGGGCUGGGAAGCCGGGGCCGGUGCGCUAGGGGCGAGGGGAGGUCCCCGCGGGGCGCUGGUGUCUCGGGUGUGGACGUGUGUGAGCAUGCGCAGACGGAGGCGAGUGCGCGGAGGCGGCAGUGAGGUGGGGAAACCGGGUCGCUUUUGCUUCCGGUUUACUGGCUGUGUUCUCAGUUGGUAUAGGUUGUGCCCUCUUAGAACCACAUAGAUUAUUAAAUUUCUGGCCCAAUACCCGACAGGGUUUUAUGGAAACUAACAUCAAUAACCUAACCCCCGUGACGAUCCUGUGCUC